AAAGAAUAAAACAAAGUCAGUAAAUCAUAAAGGAAAGAAUUAAACGUACGGGAGAAGCAGUAAUUAAAAAAUUCUCAAGAAUCAACCAUAUACAGUUUCAUCAAUAAAACCACACGUUCGUCCAUAAAGAAAAGCAAUCAACAAAAAAGAAAAAUAGCAAAAAAGAAUGAAAAUGUUCAGGUUUAAUAAGAUAUUAGUAGUUCUUUGUCUAGUUAUUUUCUCAACAUCUGUAAAUGCAAGGAGAAGAUCACGAAUAGACUUGCCAAUCAAAAAUGCAGCCGAUGCACCCCUUGAGGAUAAUGUUGCACAAGCAUCAACAGCCGAACAACAGCAACAACAGAUCCAGCCACAAACUGAAACCGUAUCACCUUCAUUGCCAGUGACAACACUUCAAACGGAAACCGUUGAAGACAACGAGGUAAACAGUAGCGAAAGUACAUCGAGUGAGGAAUUGCAAGAUUGUGAUAAUAUUGACAAUAUAAGCUUUGAGCUUGUAACCGGCUACGUCUACUCAUCACCAAAAGAUAUUCUCGACUCUAUUCCCGGCACUUUAAUGUUAACAGAUUGUUUAGAGCAAUGUCAAUUAAAUGACUCUUGCAGAUCGGUCAACUAUGAAACAGGUUUAUGUGUUCUCUUCACAUCAAAUGCAGACAAACAGCCAGGUGCUUUAACUAAAUCACAAUUUCCCGUGUUUACAAUUUAUGCACAAAAAUCUUGCUUGAAAAUGCGACCUUGCGAGAGAGCAUGGUGCAUUGAUAGAGUCCAAGGCUAUGCAUUGAAAGAUCAUAUCAAGCGAUCGGCAACAGCAGUCUCACGUCAAGAUUGCUACGAAAUGUGCUUCGGUGAGACUGAUUUCCUUUGCAGAUCGGCAAAUUGGUAUGCAUCAACUGGAACAUGCGAAUUGUCAGAAAUGGAUCGUCUUACAUUAGGAACAUUAUCAGCAACUCAGCCAAAAGAAGGUGCCGAAUAUUUAGAAAAUAAUUGUGCUGAAGAACCAAACAAAUUAUGCGAAUUCAAGAGAAUGUCUGGUAAAAUCCUCAAGACAGUCGAUUCAGUUUACCAAGAUGUCGGUAGCGUUGAUGAAUGUCGUGAACUUUGCCUUAGCUCUCCAUACCGUUGCCAUUCAUAUGAUUACAACGAUACCGGUGAAAUGGUCUGUCGUUUGAGUCAUCACAGUCGCGCAACAUUAUCUGAUAUUCAAGAUCCAUACCUCGAAGUGCCAGAAGCUGCAACCUAUGAACUCUCGUCAUGCUACAACGUCACAAUUGAAUGUCGUGCCGGUGAUAUGAUUGCAAAGAUUCGUACCUCAAAGUUAUUCGAUGGCAAAGUUUAUGCAAAGGGAGCACCAAAUUCAUGCUCAAUUGAUGUUAAGAACUCACUUGAAUUUGAACUUCGCAUGGGAUAUCAAGAUAUUGAAUGUAAUGUACGUCAAAAUGGCUUAGGUAGAUACUUAAAUGAUGUAGUAAUUCAACACCAUGAUAUGAUUGUGACAUCAUCUGAUCUUGGAUUGGCGCUUACAUGUCAAUACGAUUUGACCAAUAAGACUGUCUCGAAUGAUGUUGAUUUGGGUGUGACAGGCGAUAUUGAGCCAGCAUUAUCAGAAGAAGUAAUUGUCGAUUCACCGAAUGUUGUUAUGAAAAUUACAACACGCGAUGGUAGUGAAAUGAAGCAAUCAGCUGAGGUUGGCGAUCCUUUGGCAUUGAAAUUUGAAAUUUUGGAUGAACAAAGUCCAUACGAAAUCUUUGUAAGAGAACUUGUUGCUAUGGAUGGUGCAGACAGUGGAGAAAUUACAUUAAUUGAUGCUCGCGGUUGUCCAACAGAUCAUUAUAUUAUGGGACCAAUCUACAAACAUCCAAAUUCCGGAAAGAUUCUUCUCUCACAUUUCGAUGCAUUCAAAUUUCCAUCAUCACAAACGGUCCAAUUCAGAGCUUUAGUAACACCAUGUAUGCCUACAUGCGAACCAGUUCAAUGUGACGAGGAAGACUUUGGCGGUGAAUUGAGAUCAAUUAUUUCAUUUGGAAGAAAACGUCGAUCAGUCAAUGUAACGACAACAGAUGUAAUUACAAAUGAGCGAAAACGUCGUAGUGCAGAAAAGAAUCCACAUGAAGAUAUGUUACUAGUACAAUCAAUUCAAAUAACAGACAAGUUUGGAUUUGCCAAUAAACAACAGCAAGCCAAGCCAACAGUUAGCAGCAGCGAAACAGUUUUCUAUGCCAAGCCUGAUUCACAAAGCUUCUGUGUUAAUGGAAUGGGGCUCAUCGUUGCAACAACUAUAUUUUUAUUGGCACAAUUAGCAGUUAUUGCUGUAUGGACCGUUGUUUAUCAGCGACGUCAGAAACAAAAAGACUUUGAGAAUUCAACAAUUUCAUCACAAAUUCAAAGUGGAUCAAGUAGUCGAACAGAUUCGAUGUGUAAAAUUUACGAUUCCGGAUAUACUGGUCGACACUUUUAAUGAACACAACAACGAAAUUAAUGGGCAUCUUUUUUUAAGAAUUAAAAAGGGAUUUUCAUCACCUUUAAGCAUUUAAUUUACUUUAAAUACUUUUUUUUAAUGCAAUAUUUUUUAAAAACAUUUCCUAAUUAAAAUCAACUGUCUUGUUGGAGGUUCCAGAAGAAAAAGCUUUUGGUAAGAAGUAAUUUGAUAGUUUGCUUGUGGUUUUUGAGUUGUGAACAUAUUUGGUUAAUGAAGUUACAGUCAAUAGUGAAAGUAAAGCGAAUUCAGAGUCAAGGUUGGAGAAAUAAAUUUAAAAAUCGUGUAUUUCAUAGAGCUUUUGGACGUAAAAUUUGAAAUCAUAAAAUUUUAAAAGAUUAUCAAAAGGAACCAAAAUUAUUAGAACAAAACAGAACAAGAAACGUGCGCUUAACAUGACUUUUGCCAUUCAAACUCAAGCCAACGAGAUUGUCGGGAGAAGAAUCGAGUUUUACGCACGACUUUUGUUGAAUGUGCUUGAAUAAUCUUAAUGAAAAAUCAAAAUCACAAAAGUAUGAGACUCAAAUUCCUAAACAGCAAGCUUAACUUCAAUUGUGUAAAUUAAAUGACAUGAAAAAUAUUUUUGGAGCCUCCAAGUAUUCAAAAAAACUCUUUUUAGACUGUAAGUUGAACAUAAAAUUAUGGAAAAAAAAAUCAAAAAAUUGUUUCUUGCUAUACAUUUUGGUAUACAUUAAUCAUUCAAUGGAUUUCAAAAAUCCUUAAAUUAAUUAACAUUCCUAUUUCUAUCAUUGAAAUUUGAUUUUAUUUUUGCGAAACGUACUUAAAAUUAAUAUUAGUAGUUAAAAAGCAAAUGACGCCAUGACAGUAAAAUGGUAAUAAUUGAAUUUAGAAUUUACAUGCAUUUCAAGCAUCAACAGCCGCAUUUCAAGUAAAAAAAAUUAAUAUUUAAUUAAUUAAGUUGAUAAGAAAACUUUUUUCUUUGCAAUUAAUGUCGCCAUCAUGAACUGAUCGCUCUUGAUUAUUUUAUUAUAUUUAAUUAAUACAAUUUUGCUAAGAGUGUGUGAGACGACAUUAUGAUUAAGUUAAGAGACAUUAGAAGACGAGAAAAAAAAUAGUAAAUAGGAAAUUAGAGAAGAAAGUAAUUGGAAGUAAGGACGAUGAGAUAUUUUUGUGAGACAUGAUAAGUUAAAUGAACAAUUUUAAAGGAAUGAGAUUUAAUUGAAUCAAAAAUAUCGCCUUAUCCUAUCAAAUCCAAUCAAGAAAUCAGAAAGCAUUGUGGGAAAAAAAUUAAAUUUGAGGUAAUUUUUCAAUUUUAAUUUUUGCCUGCAAUCAGUGCUAAUAGAUAUGAAAUUUUUGAAUGGAUUGGCUGUGGGAAUUUGUUACUUUGUAGGUGCACCUUUAAGAAGUGCUUUUUCUCUGGUUUAAGAGCUGUAAAAUGGUUAAGGCAAAUUUAAAAAAAAAUCUUGAACGUAAUUCUUGAAAUUUGGAAAGGAAACUUGAUUCAUGCCACAAAACCUUUACAGCACUUAAAACCUUAAUCCAUUCACGACUUACAUAAAGAAUUAAUAAUCGUAGAUCAAUUUUUAAUUAAAUAAUUUUUAAUUUUAAAAUAUUUAUUCUGAAAAACAUCAAAAAUAAACCCCGCCUAAAUCUACUUCCUAAUUUUAUAUUUUUUGUACUAACAAACGAAUUAAAAUGUGAACUUCACGAUAAUAAGUAAGAUUAUUUAACAAUUUAGCUAGUAAGAUUAAAUAAAAAGUAAAAGAAUUAUCAUCCAUGGCUCAUGAGCAUUGAUGUGAAGACACAAAAAGUAUUAAUUUGCAAAAGUUUGUAUUCGAAGAAUUUAAUUUAAAAGUUUUUCGCCGUAAAUUUUUGUAAUAAAAAAACCUUUCUCGAG